AUGAACUGCAACUUAAAAUAUUAUUUCAACAAGUAUUACCAGUUACAUUUCCCUUCUGGGGGUUCUACUCUUAGAUUUCAGCCUUUGGAGCACCUUCAUCCCUUGGAAUAUCAUAGACCUGAUGGAGCUGUUUUACAUAUUAAUGGCUCAACUACUGAUUUGAGAUCCUGCAGUGCAAGUCUGGAACUUGCGGAGGCACACCAUGCACUCUUGGCAGAGGAGGAAGCAACUGCAUUAUCAACCUGGGCCGUUGCAUGUAUAUGCGGAUCCAUGCGACUUGAGCAUGGAAUCUUGUCUGCUUCAUUUUUGUCAAUUAUCCCUCUAAUUCGUCCCUAUCGGUGGCAAAGCUUGCUGAUGCCGAUUUUACCAGAUGACAUGCUGGACUUUUUGGAUGCUCCUGUUCCAUACAUUGUGAGUUUCAUUUUCCAGCCUCGUUAUCCUCAAGUGCUAGGUUCCUAUCUGUUUGGAAUGAACUAUAUCUAUUGUGUAAGGUAGGUGGAUUCUGCGUUCUUAUGUGUGCGCUAGUACUGUUGUUCCACUGUCUCAUCCAAGCUAACAGCUUAAAAGCAAACAAUCUCACUGUUAUGAUCACACUUUUUUGUCUAAUAUUGGUACUGACUUGUUUGGUUUGACCACUUUAUAUUACACUUGUAGCUAGGUUGGUGUGAAGAACAAAACAAAAUUAAGUAAUGUCAUUUUGGUUGAUGCUAACAAGAAUCAACAAGUUAACUUUUAGGGCCCAUAAUUUUAUGCCUCGUCUAUUUUACAUGCUGAGACAAAGAACCCAGUAUUUCCCAUUACUUGUUGUAAUUAAUAGUUGAAGUCACCAGCGAUACCACAGCUACCAAAACACAGGGAGCUAUUAUAUCAUCCCUAAUUCCUUAUCAUUCAAAGCUUGUGGGAGAAAGGGCAGUGUAUGAGUGUACUGAUGUGCAGGUGUGCUUCUGCUUGACCAUUACUUUUCCUCAUUUAUAUCAAUCCUCCCCAGUGGACACUGACUAGUAGACAGCAUGACAGCACGCUGUAGUGAAUAGCAGGGAAGGUCACACGCCAAAAGUUGCUAAAAUGCAGUAUAGAAUUACAAAAUUACCGUACAAAACUAGCAAUUUGCGUUGUAUUUUUGUCAUGCUUUUUUUGUGAAAUUAGGUGAAUGUUUUACACAAGUUCGAGAUGUGUAUGAACGUAUCGGGACUACAAAAUGCAGUAUAGAACUAACUAUAAAAUUACUAUAUAUGAAACAGUUGGCUUGCAAUAUAGUUAAAUUACUCCAAAUGACAGUAUAUUAUGUCUUAUUUUUGUAAAACUCAGUGUGAAUGUUUGACACCAAAUUCUCCGACUAUUCAUUAUCAGCAUGACAUCAUGCUGUUAAUGAAUCAUUUUCCAUUUUUUUUAUUUUCCUUUCCAAAGAUGAUGACUAUGGCUCUAUAUAUAGAGCUUUGGAUUACCAGUUAAUUUUGUAAGCAUAUUAGUGAAACUUAAUCAGUAAGAUUGCAUGUGAUGGUAAAUGGCAGCAUUGGAUCCUGAUAAUCACAAGAUUAAUAAUUUCAUAUUGUGUCCCUGCACAAAACUAUGUCCUAGCUCGUAGCAAGAGGCAGUCCUGUACGUAGUCUUUGUGAUAUAUGCUAUACAAGAUUGUCACUAGCUAGCAUUUUGUUUUUUGAGUAUUGACCUCCAUAUAAACCCUGAGCAAAACAUGGAAACAAAUGAUCAUUACUUAGUAUUUAACUGAACAUGAAUGCUUAUCUAGAUCCCUUAACCUGUGGACUCGAUCUGAAGAGUCUAUCAAUACUGCAGGACUGCUGUAGUAAUCUGGAUUUUUUCGAGUAUUCUUCUUUUCUCAUAUAAACAGUUCUUCAGAUGGUGAAGUAUGAAAUAUCUUUAUAAAUAGGACAUUUAGCUUUGCAUGGUAUUUGAAAUGAGAUAUUAUGGGCACCUUGGGCUGCCAAGUACAAGUAGCACUUGUACUGCUGAAGGGCAUGUGCUAUAUUUUGAUUUUUAAUGACCUUUGGCAAAUAAAGAAUUAUUAGCUUCAUCUACAGGUAUCAUUGCUCCUAAAGGAGAGUUUCGUAGAUUCGUU